CACAAAGAUCACAACUUGUACGAAACUGUUUUGGAGCCGACCAUAGCGGUUGAAGUGCGAAUAUGCCUGAGAGGCCCGGGGCGAGAAAGCGACCCAGCGCCAGCAAAAAGGAAGUUUCUCCUCCUCCAGCGAAGAGGCGACAGCAGUCGCACACCACAAACAAAGCAGUUGCUAGUUUCUUCACACCCACGUCAAAGAAAGAGCCUGAAAAGAUGACGUGGCGGGUCGUGAAGGACAGCCUUCUUGUUGGGCGAUACAAUACCUCAGCUGUAGCUCAGUCGGCCAGUAAAGCCAGGCGGAGAAUAGCAGCUUUUGACUUCGACUCAACUUUAGUAAUACCUGCAUCUGGAAAGAAAUUUGGCCGCGAUGCUAGCGAUUGGAAAUGGUGGCAUGAGAGCAUUCCAGGAAAACUUACGCAGCUCCACGAGGAAGGAUACCUUCUUGCGGUGGUGAGCAAUCAAGGUGGUAUCAGCCUCAAGUCAGAUCCGAAGACCGUCAAGUCUGACCAGAAACGAUUGGCAGACUUCAAGGGGAAAGUCUCAGCAGUGCUUAGCCAGCUUGACCUACCUGUUACUGUGUAUGCAGCUACGGGCCGCGACGAGUACCGCAAACCACGAGUGGGGAUGUGGCGGGAACUCUUGGAAGACCACGACCUUGGCAUUGUGGAAUCUGUUGACCUCGAAAACUCCUUCUUUGUUGGCGACGCCGGUGGCCGCGAGGCGGUGGCUGAGAUAACUGUGAAGGACCACUCAUGUGUCGACAGGGAUUUUGCAGCCAACGUGGGCUUACCAUUUCAUACGCCAGAGGAGUACUUCCUGCAACAGACUCCUCAGCGAUUCGUGAGGGACUUCGAUCCAGCCACCUACAUGAACAGAUUGGCUGAGAGCUCAACAUCUGCAAAUCCUAUCAUUACGAAAACUGACGUUUUGGACAUUAUCCUUCUUGUCGGUAGCCCUGGUGCUGGCAAGUCAUCGUUCUAUUGGAGGCAUUUGCAGCCACUGGGCUAUGGUCGCGUAAACCAGGACAUCCUCAAGACUCGCGAGAAAUGCGUGAAAGCCGCCACGGCGCUCAUUGAAGAAGUAAGAAGUGUAGUGGUUGAUAACACCAAUGCCGAUCAAGACGUACGCGCCGUAUGGGUAAAUCUGGCAAAGAAACACUCGAUACCUAUUCGCUGUGUACUCUUUACAGCAUCGGCUAAACUGUGCGAACACAACGACACCGUUCGUGCGUUGAAUUUUGGUUCAGAAACCAAUCCCGAGAACAGGACCAUGUUGCCGAAGCUUGCGUUUACGAGCUUCGCGUCAAGAUACCGUGCGCCAAAGCUAGAGGAGGGCUUCAAAGAGAUCAUCAAGGUAGACUUCGAGUUGACUGGCUCUGAUGACCAAAAGGAGCUAUGGAGUAGAUACUGGAUUUGAGUGGAGAAAGAAGGCUCCACGAUAUCGAACGCUAGGAUCAUCCUGAGGUCAGAAGAAUUCCUGGCGCGAACGCUUACGACGACUCGCUGCGCCUGGUAUGAAUGCAGCGAUUCUAUUCUGCCAAUUGGUUGGUAUUCGCUGCAGGGCAUUACGGAGCUGCAAAAUAUAUUGUAGGGCUUGCUCGAAGCGAGCUCUUGCUCGCAGCACUAGUACCUCCGAAGUGUUGAGUAGUCUUCGGUUAAGUCAGCAUUCUACCACAUGGCAUGUUCCACGCUCAAUGGUCCGCGGUACAUGCAAUGCAGUGAAGCUGCAGCCCAGGCUGAGGUACAUAUACAUGACAGACGAUCAAACAUGAGGAGAUUGCGUACGCCGGCAGUCAGAUGGGAACAUACAUGGGUUUUCACGCGACAACUCAUCGUGGCCAUCGAAUUAUUGACCACACUGAUGAUGUGAAG